UCUUCUAGAUAAAGAAAAGAAAAAAACAGAAGGAAGGUUUAGGGCAUUUUGGAAUUGUAAAGUCGGAGAGAGAGAUGGAAGAGAAAAAGAGGUGGAGGAGAUGCAGCAGCUCUUCCGUUUCGAGUAUAAACAGUCUGGACGAUGGAUGCCUCAUGCACAUCUUCAGUUUCCUCUCUCCCAUUCCUGAUAGGCAUAACACCGCCCUCGUUUGCCACAGAUGGCGAUACCUGGCAUGUCACCCUCGCCUAUGGCUACGUGUAGAGCCAUCCAUAAAAAAUGCAUACGAGCCUGGAGUUUUUCCUGACCUUGAAACUGCAGUCUCUGCUGCAAGGCCUGGUGACACUAUUCUCAUUGCUGCUGGUGGAAAUCAUGUUGCCUCUAAUAUUCAGAUAAACAAGCCUCUUUGCCUGAUUGGAGGGGGCGAUCUUCCCGAUGACACAAUAUUGAGUUGUUCUCGAGGCUCGGACAGUGCAUUUGAGUUUCUGUCCACCUGCAAGGUGGCAAACCUAACUGUGAAAGCAGAGUUAGGUUGCUGCUUGUUUCACAGAAGUGGAAGACUGACCAUUGAAGGUUGCAUACUUCAGUGUGAGGAAAACCCCUUGGAUUACCUCUCUUGUGCAAUUGUGAGCACAGCCAAUGGUCCUGAUGCUUUUUCGUCACCGGUGAAGGGACAUAGGGACAGUGUUACAGUUGCCAGGACACGGAUUGAGGGGGGUGCAAAGGCCAUUAAGACCAGUGGGACACUCGCAUUGCAGCGAGUAAGGGUUGUCUAUACUCGGACUGCUCUGCUCUUCUGGUUUGACGUCGACCAUCAGUAAGCUACCUGUCUUUAGCUUGAGUAAUGGCUGGACGUCACCAUCUGUCACUUUUUUUUUUUUUCUUGAGUUACAAGCUACUCAGAUUUGGGCACGUGGCAAAUGUGUAAAAGAUCUGAAUCAAUCAUUAGGCAGGUCUACCUUGGAUUUUGGCCAUACCCCGAAAAACACACAGGUCUGACAAUCCUAAAUGAUCUAUUUGAGGAUUUUCAGCCUUUGUAUUUGAGGACUUCUAAGACUUUUAGGGGAAAUUACAACACAUCAACCCAUGCUCCUCUCACUAUCCUUUUUUACCCUGAAGGAGGUGCUCCAGUCCAAGGGCUAGAAUUGUCCUAUCAGGGCUCACCUGAUUAUCAAUUCAGAUGAACUACACCUUAUAUGCGUGUGCAGAUAAUGAGUUGUCAAUGUGCUAUGCAAAAAAAAAAAAAAAAGUUUACUGUGUGAUAUAGUUUCUAUUUGAACUAGUGAAUAUCCGAUUCAAGUGUCAUUUAAUGUUGAUUAAGCCACUGAAAUUCGAUUGUUGAAUAUUGUCGUAUUGUUUUGUGUUUUUUGAUGUUGUUCAAGGAGCUAAUUUCCAGCACCUUUAGGGUGUGGGCACAUUUGGAUGAUCUAUCCAAUUGAAUUGAAUACUAGUCUAAUAAAGAUGGAAUGACCCAAUUGCAAUU